GUGUACGCAGAAGAAGAAGAAGAGCGUUCUGUGAUUGGCGGAUCUGACCGGCUGGGGCGGUGCGCGUGUGACGUCAUCCGAGCGCGACCCGCGGCGUGUGAGCGCUGAAGGACGGAGAGCGAGGAUCAGUGUUUUGAGAGCGAACAGAAGCGUCGCGUGAGUUAGUGUGAUGAUGAGCGUCGGUCUGCUGUCACGCGCACUGCGGGCUCUGUCUCUGGCCUCCUCUCAGAUCGCCGGUGUUCCGGUCGCGUCCUGUGUUUCCGCCGCUCUGACCGGAAGUCGCGGCUUCAUGACGAGCGCGUGUGACCUGCAGAACCGGAGCCUGUGGAAACAGAAGGACAAGUACACCGUGCGACCGAUCGGCGUGAAGAAGACCGGAGGACGAGACUACACCGGUAAGAUCAUCACCCAGCGGAUCGGCGGAGGACACAAGCAGCGCUAUCGCAUGAUCGACUUCCAGCGCCUGCGCUAUGAGGCGGGUAAAGAGCAGCAGCCCAUCGAGGAGAAGGUGAUGGAGGUCAGAUACGACCCCUGCAGGUCCGCUGACAUCGCUCUGGUCGCCGGCGGCAGCCGCAAGCGCUGGAUCAUCGCCACGGAGAACAUGGAGGCGGGAGAUCUGAUCCGGACGUCCGGAGCUAUCGGACGCAUGGCUGUUCUGGCCAAAGAGGGAGACUCGCACCCGCUGGGGGCUCUUCCUGUCGGCACGCUGGUCAACAACCUGGAGCUGUUCCCCGGGAAGGGAGCGCAGUACAUCCGCGCCGCAGGAACGUGUGGAGUGCUGCUGCGUAAAGUCAACGGCACCGCCAUCGUCCAGCUGCCGUCCAAACAUCAGAUCCAGGUGCUGGAGACCUGUAUGGUGACGGUCGGCAGAGUAUCAAACGUGGAGCACAACAAGCGUGUGAUCGGGAAGGCGGGCCGGAACCGCUGGCUGGGCAUCAGACCGAGCAGUGGCCUGUGGCAGAGGAAGGGCGGCUGGGCCGGACGCAAGAUCAGACCGCUGCCCCCCAUGAAGAGCUUCGUCAACCUGCCGUCUGCAGCCAAAGCUUGAGCCCAGAACACUUUCCUGAUCAGUCACUCACCCCCGAGUCAUCCAACACCUUCAGGUCUGUCGUUCUUCAGUCGCAAAGAAAUGACGUU